UUCUUUUAACUCUUAACGAUCGUGCGCCUUUUUUCUUCGUUUUAUAUGUGAAAGAAAUUAUUUUAAUAACUAUCUUUGUUCGUUCCAUUUGUUUUGUUUGUUCCACUUGACAAAUUAAUCGCGAAUAAUCAGUCCGUUAAACCGUUACACCGUUACUAUUAUUACAGUAUUUUUUGUUACGUUAGACCUCUUCGUAGCAUAGAUCGAAGAGAAGGUAAAAUCGAUAGAUCGAAACAAGUUGAAAAAAAAAAUAUGACUGCUGUGCAGCCUGUUUCAUCGAACAGUAUUCUUAAUGGCUAUACUAGAAAUGAUAAGAUACUUAAUGGAUCUUGUAUUCGAUAUGCAGUAGCUAGUAAAACAGGCCACGAUGGCCCGGAUCAGGUGUUGAUGUCAGAUGUAAAUGUAACAACAGAAGCUAAUGGUCGAAUUAGGAUACAAUUGGGUGAAGACAUUAAUGCAGCAUUACCUGUUUCUGUACCUGGUGUUUUAUCGGCUAUUGCUAAGAAGUAUCCAAAUCAAAUAGCUUUGGUGUCACGACCAGGACCGGAUGGUACAAAUACAAUAUACACUUAUAAAGAAUAUGAGACUGAAGUAAAAACUGUAGCCAAAGCAUUUUUAAAACUGGGCUUAGAAAGAUAUCAUAGCGUUUGUAUUCUAGGAUUUAAUAGUCCACAAUGGUUCAUAUCUGAUAUCGCUGCUAUAUAUGCUGGAGGAUUAGCUGCUGGGAUUUACACGACAAACUCUCCAGAAGCAUGUCAAUAUUGUGCACAACACAGUAAAGCAAAUAUAAUAGUUGUAGAAGAUUCUAAACAAUUAGAAAAAAUAUUACAAAUUAAAAAACAUUUAGUCGAUUUAAAGGCUAUUAUUCAAUAUGAAGGAAUCCCUAAAGAGAAAGACAUAUUAAGCUGGGAUGAAUUAUUAGAAAUCGGUAAAAAAGAAUCUGAUGAUAAAUUAGAAGGAGUUCUAAAAACCAUUGGUGUUAACGAAUGUUGUACAUUAGUAUAUACUUCUGGCACAGUUGGUAAUCCAAAAGCUGUGAUGUUAAGUCAUGAUAAUCUUCUACAUGAUACAAGAGCCAUUAAGAAAUGUAUUAAUUUUGUAGAUACAGAAGAAAUUUUAAUCAGUUAUUUACCACUGUCUCAUGUUGCAGCACAGAUAGUUGACAUAUUUCUAUCUAUGUCUGUAGCAGGUACAGUAUAUUUUGCAGAUAAAAAUGCUCUUAAAGGAAGUUUAAUAGAAACGUUACUGGUAGCAAAGCCUACUGCUUUCUUGGGUGUACCAAGAGUUUGGGAAAAAAUUUAUGAAAAAAUGCAAUUAGUAGCACGUAACAAUGGACGUGUAAAAACUUGGAUAGCAACUUGGGCAAAAUCCCAAGGCCUAAUUUAUAAUACGAAUAAAAUGAAUGGUAUAGAUUACAAACAUUGGGGUUACAUUAUAGCUAAAUGGCUUGUCUUCGAUAAAGUAAAAACAAAUUUAGGUUUAAACAGAUGUAAAUUAUUUAUCACUGCAGCAGCACCUUUAAGUGUAGAAAUUAAGAAAUAUUUUUUGAGCCUAGAUAUUCCUAUAAUGGAAGCAUUUGGUAUGUCCGAAUCUAGCGGAGCACAUACUAUAACUUCAAGUAAUAAUUGCAGAUUAGGCAGCGUUGGUUCUGUUCUACCUGGUUUUCGUACGAAAUUAGAUAAUCCUAAUGAAACUGGUGAAGGAGAAAUUUGUAUGUAUGGUCGACAUAUUUUUAUGGGAUAUUUGAAUGAACCAGAAAAAACAAAAGAAACUAAAGAUGAAGAGGGAUGGUUGCACAGUGGUGAUCUUGGCAGAUUAGAUUCUAAUGGCUUAUUAUACGUUACCGGCAGAAUAAAAGAACUGAUCAUUACAGCAGGUGGAGAAAAUGUACCACCUGUGCACAUAGAACAAUUAAUCUUGUCCGAAUUACCUGUUCUUAGUAAUGCCUUGCUAAUUGGAGAUAAAAGAAAAUAUCUCACAGUUUUAGUUACGUUAAAGUCCGAAGUAAAAGCAGAUACUGGCGAACCAUUAGAUACGUUAAUUCCAAGUACAUUAACGUGGUUAAAGUCUAUUGGAAGUAAUGCAAAGACGGUCACCGAUAUUGUGAAUUCAAGAGAUCCACUCGUAUUUAACGAAAUAGAAGAAGCUAUUAAAAGAGCUAAUACAAAAGCAAUCAGUAAUGCACAGAAAGUACAAAAAUUCCGAAUUUUACCACACGAUUUCUCUAUUCCAACGGGAGAAUUAGGUCCAACAUUAAAACUGAAAAGAAAUAUUGUUUAUAAUAUGUAUGCCGAUCUUAUCGAAGAAAUGUAUCAAUGAAAAAUAAUUGAAGAUACAUUUACAGUAUAAUUACGUACAUAAAUUUAGCAUACCAGGCAUUUUUAUUGGGAUUAAAAGAUUUGACUACAUCGGAUGCUUCGAUAUGUUGAAUAUCUGCGAUAUUAUGGAAUUGAUAUAUGUGUACAUAUUAAAGUACUUAUAGAGUUUCAUAUACAAUGAAAAGAAUGUUUUGCGUUUACAGCAGUUUAAAAGUUUAAAUAGUUCUCUUUUAUAUAUACAAAGCAAUUACCGAAAGAUCUGAUAUUUUCUUCGUUCCGAAAAAUGAUAUUUAUAAGUAGAUUUAUAAUUAUUCUUGAAAUCUUUAUAAUUAUUGAUAGUGAUUUUUGAAGAUUUUUCUAAUAACGUAAUUUAUUGGGAACAAUUAUAUUCACAAAAAAAAAAAAAAAAGAAAUAUCUAUUACGUAUACACUAUUUGUUAACAUAAAUUAAUGUUAAAUCUUUUUACUACCAAAUCAUUUUACUCAUGCUUAUGUGAAAUAAGGAAAAAAUAAUGGUCCUAUUAAAAGUGCCUUCUCUCUCCAUUAAUGAAUUUACAUAUUUGCAUACAUUUAUAAGAUUUUUGUCCAAACUAGUGAAACUGUAUUGAUAGCAUAAUAAGGGAUAAUGAAGUGUUAUUUUACAUAACGUAUAUAUAUUGUACAGUGAUAUUAUAGAUAAAAUAUGAAAAUUACAAUCU